AAAUAGUAGGACAUUAUUCUAGCUUUAUUUCAGCGAUCAAAAAUGAUUUUUGAUAGUUUUAGUUAACAAUAAAAACAUUUAAUUUAAUAAAUUUACCAUUGUCCCAAUGAGAAAAGAAGAGAAGGUUAAUUCAGGUUAGGAUAUGGUGAGUAAUGCUAAUUGUGUUUCAACCUGAACAUAUUAUAAUAGGUGCUUAAUGUCUUACAAUUUCCUUUGUGUUUAUUUCCCAAGAGUGUAUGCGUAACCUGAAGAGGAAGUGAUCUGUUCUGACUUUAGCCAGUGGAGAUCAAGGUCGGGGAUUUGAAGGACAUUGAUUAAUAAAUGUUUCAUCUUUUACAGCUCACAUGUGCUGUCGCAGCUCCUCCAGAGAUAUCAGGAGAGCAGACGUGUUCUGUGUGGGCCGUCACUGGACCCGCUUCCAGCAGUGACGUCACAGUGAUUGACCCGGCUCGCUCCAAUACCAUUCUGGAUCAGUUCAGCCUCCCUCCCACGUCCCCUGCCUUAUGCAUCUGUGCUGUGCCCCCUACUGGAGAUACUGCAGGAACUGUGUGGAUUGGAACACUGGAUGGAGGUGUGCUGAUUCAUUCGUCCUCCAGCUCCAGGCGCCGCUGUCUGCAGUCUGUCAGUCUUUCUGAGGGGGUUCACUCUCUGACGUAUUCUCAGGGUGAGGUGAUCGCUGGCUUGGCCAAUGGGACGCUUGCAUUCUUCACCCACAGUUCAGGCAUCUGGGAUCUCCAGUCUCAGGAGGUGCUUUCGCUCGGCGCGCAGCCUUUGCAGCCCGUUCGCUGCUGCCUAGCAAAAGAGGGCUGUCUUUGGGUGGGCUACUGGAAUAAAGUUUACAUGAUCAGUGUGAAAAUUCGGAAAGUAGAGAAAUCGUUCACAGUGUCUGAGCGAAGUGAGCAGCAGGUGCGUUUUCUGUGCGCAGCAGGAAGUGGCGUUUGGGCCGCCUGCCGUUUGGAUCCAAUUCUUAGGCUUUUUGAUUGGACAACUGGCCGUCCUCUACAGGAAGUAGAUUUAUCGUCCGUAGUGACUAAAGCCUUAGGUUCUGCAUUCCUGUCCCUCUCUCCUCUUCAGAUCACAGCCAUGUCUGUGGUCAGUGGGCGGUUGUGGGUGGGAACAGGAAGUGGCGCAAUCUUCUCAGUUCCACUGUCCCUCACUUCAGAGUCCUGCUCUAUACCAUACUGCUCUCUUGCUUCAGCUCAGCUCUGUUACCAUGGCCAUCGACAAGCAGUUAAAUUCAUCAUUUCUGCUCCAGGCUGCCGUAGUUCCUCUAAUUCAGCAGAUGGCGCUGCUACUACCUCUCAGCUCAUUCUCAGUGGCGGGGGAGGAUACAUCAACUUCCGAAUUGGAGAUGAUGGAAGUGAUGGGGCCAGUGAGUCUGUCCUACAGAGAUCAGAACGAAGUCACAUGAUUAUUUGGCAGAGCCCCACCCCCUCCGUCCCAAGCCCUGCGCUCUGAAAGCACUUCAGCUGUUCACACAAACAGUCUUCGAGCUCUAUCAGGAGAAGAUUGAGCGUACUACACAGAACAAUGCAUUACUUUUCUCCUGUCUCCCUUCUAUAGAUUCUCCCAAAGGGAAGUAAAGGGCUAAAGUCAAAGUAAAGAAUUAAGAGUUCUAAGAAAUUUAAUUUUGGACCUACAGAUCUUCAUUCUGCACUUUCAUUUUAGUUUAACUGACUUUAAAUGACAUUGUAUUUUUUUUUAAAGUCCCAUAACUGCUCCACAGACUUCUCUCCAGUGUGCCUUAGUGUAUGUUUUCAAAUUCUGCCUUGUCUUUGACCAGUGUUUUUUUUUUUUUUUUUUAAUUGUACACAACAAUCAUCCUAAAUGCUGGAACAAAGAUGGGUUGUAAUUGUAAUGUUAGGCCAGGAACUAUUAAUAUAUUAUUUUAUUAUUUUUAUUUUAAAUCAUGAGGAGUGAUUCAACUGAUAUGCUGCUGGUAAUGACAUUAAGUAUUUUCAAAAAUAGUCUGUUGGUUGCUUGUCAUGGACUAGAUCAACUGGAAACUCGCACAAAGAACAGUAACAUCAAAAUGACAAGAAACUGACCCAGACUGACACACUACCUACAUUCUGUGACCUUGAUAACUAUAGUGCAUAUUUCAAUCUGAACAAAAAGGGUAGUUUUCUUUAGGUUUGGUGUUUAUGGUGAGGUUUUAUUUUUCAUUUUACUAUUAUUUGUUAAUGGGUUCUAAGUUAUUUGUUGUGAAAUCAUUUUUUUGCAGUAUUUUUUGAAUGUGUGGCUCUAACUAUUUAAUAAGUGAGACAGAAAAGGUGACAAUGUUCUGUUAACUGGAAAAUGUUAUGAAAAUGUGCAACUUUGUAAAUACAUUUUCACUCCAAUUAUAAAUUGUGUUGAAUUUUGUUCUGAAAAAGAGUCAGUAUUGUUCAAAUAAAGCACCAAUGCUGCAUGUUUGAUUUUAAA